AUGGCAAUCCCUGGGACCCGAGCAGCCCCUGAGGACCUCAGGCUGGACAGCAACGUGUCGGUGUCCAUGUCCCCGACCACCAACACCAGUGCGCAAUCCACCGCCGACUACGAUGAUGAGUUUAUCCGCUAUUUGUGGGGAGAGUAUCUGUAUCCCAAAGAGUACGAAUGGGUUCUCAUCGCAGCCUAUAUUGCGGUGUUCGUUGUGGCUCUGGUUGGCAACGUGUUGGUUUGUGUUGCAGUGUGGAAGAAUCACCACAUGCGAACGGUCACAAACUAUUUCAUAGUUAAUUUGUCAUUUGCGGAUGUGCUUGUUACGAUAAUCUGCUUGCCUGCCAGCCUGGUGGUCGAUAUAACAGAGACAUGGUUCUUUGGACAGAUAUUCUGUAAAGUCAUCCCAUACCUGCAGACUGUUUCGGUCUCUGUGUCUGUGCUGACACUCAGUUGUAUUGCACUGGAUCGCUGGUAUGCUAUAUGCCACCCGCUGAUGUUCAAAAGUACAGCCAAACGAGCAAGGAAUAGCAUCAUCAUUAUAUGGAUCGUGUCCUGCGUGCUAAUGACCCCCCAGGCAAUCGUAAUGGAAUGCAGCAUCAUGGUGCCAGAGCUGGUGAACAAAACCAUUCUAUUCACUGUCUGUGACGAGCACUGGGGAGACACUGUCUAUCCCAAGGUUUAUCAUAUCUGCUUUUUCAUCGUUACGUACAUGGGCCCCUUGUGUCUCAUGAUCCUGGCCUACUUCCAAAUCUUCCGGAAGCUCUGGUGUCGGCAGAUCCCGGGAACGUCGUCGGUGGUGCAAAGAAAGUGGAAGCCUCUUGCCUUGCAGUGCUCAUCACAAAGGGCUGCUGGCCUCCAGACCAAACCCAGAAUAAACGCUGUUGCUGCAGAAAUCAAACAGAUCCGAGCCAGGCGGAAGACAGCACGCAUGCUCAUGGUGGUUCUGUUUUUCUUCGCAGUGUGCUACCUGCCGAUAAGUAUUCUGAAUGUAUUGAAAAGGGUGUUUGGAAUGUUCGACAAUAUCGACGACAGGGCAACCGUUUACGCAUGGUUUAUGUUUUCACAUUGGCUGGUCUAUGCCAACAGUGCAGCGAAUCCCAUUAUUUACAAUUUCCUGAGUGGCAAAUUCCGCGAAGAAUUCAAAGCUGCCUUUUCCUGCUCGUUCGGGACAGGCCAGCAGAGGGAAGAGGGACUCAGGAGAGGCCGGGCCAGCACUGAGAGCCGCAAGUCGCUGACCACACAGAUCUGCCACCUUGACAAUCCUUCUAAAAUCUCCGAGCAAGUUGUGCUCACGAGUCUAAACACCUUGCAGGGUAGCCAUCUCGCUUCAAACCGGAACUGGUGACAUGUCGCACAUAUAGUUUGUCGACUGUGUUUGCAAAAUCCACAGGGAGAAGUCGUGUUGUUUUACAUCCUUUUUUAUUCGCCAAGAGAAGUGAGUUUUGCCCAGCAUCCUGGCAAGUAAUCCCACAGAUUAGUGAUGUUUCACCUCAUCAGCUGUUUGUCGGACCUUGCUGGUACUAACAGCUGCCGCUUUUGCCUGCGAGAACCAGUCUCUAUACUUGGCAGUAAUAACUCAUGAUGAAGCACUGUAAAACAUGCAACUCGUUUCUUUUAACUUGUUCAACAAUUAUUGU